AUGAGCCACACACCCGAGUUCAAGCUUCUUCUCGUUGGCGACGGGGGCGUUGGCAAAUCGGCGCUGAUCAAGCGCCACUUGACAGGUCAGUUCGACACGAACGAUGACGUUGCUACGCUUGGCGUCGCGGUCCACCCGCUUUUGUUUGAUACCAACUUUGGCGAAAUGAAGUUCAACUGCUGGGACAUUGCCGGUCAGGAGAGGUUUGGCGGCCUUCGUGACGGCUACUACGUUGGCGCCCAGUGCGCGAUCAUCAUGUUUGACGUCACGUCGCGCAUCUCGUACAAGAACGUCCCGUGCUGGCAUCGCGACAUUGUCCGCGUCUGCGAGGACAUCCCGAUCGUGCUCUGUGGCAGCAAGAUCGACGCCAUGACCCGCAACGUACAAGGCAAGCAAAUCGCAUUUCAUCGCAAGAAGAACCUUCCGUACUGCGAGAUUUCGGCCAAGACCUCCGUGGCGUUGGAGAUGCCCUUCCUCUACCUCGCACGCAAGCUCGCUGGAGACGACAACUUGACUUUUGUACCGGAAAUCAAGCUCCUCGUCGUUGGCGAUAGCGGCGUCGGCAAGUCGACGUUCCUACAACGUCAUGUGACGGGCGAGUUUAAGAAGAGGUACAUCGCCACGCUCGGCAUCGAGGUCCACCCGCUCCAGUUUGACACCAACUUUGGCCCAAUCAAGUUCAACUGCUGGGACUUUGCUGGCCAGGGCUCUCACGAUGACCACUACGCUGACGCCCAGUGCGCGAUCAUCAUGUUUGACGUCACGUCGCGUGUCUCGUACAAAAAUGUGCCUCACUGGUAUCGCGCUAUUCGCCGCGUCUGCGAGAACAUUCCGAUCGUACUCUGCGGCAACAAGGUCGACGUCGAGCGGCACAAUGUCAAGCAAAUCACUUUUCACUGUGAGAAGAAUCUCAAGUAUGUCGAGAUGUCGGUCAAGGCCAACUACAACAUUGAGGCGCCUUUUCUCUGGCUCGCGCGCAAGCUCGCUGGAGACGACAACGUGGAAUUCAUUGAGAUCGCGCGCGAUUACCCUCCAAUGCCAAUCGUCAUGGAUCCGGUGCAAAUCGCUGCUCUGGAAGCCGAAAUCUUUGCAGCCGCGAUGGCACCGCUUCCCGACGACAACGACGACCUUUAG